GUUGGUCUAAGUGGUGCCCUUGAGACACUAUGCGGCCAAGGAUAUGGCGCAAAAAUGUACAGGAUGCUAGGGAUACAUCUGCAGACAUCAUGUAUCAUAUCAUUCUUAUUUUCAAUAGUGAUUGCCGUUAUCUGGUGGUAUUCUGAUAUGAUACUGAUUUUACUUCAUCAAGAUCCCGACAUAGCAAAAGAAGCAGGGGUGUUCUUGAAAUUUCUUAUACCUGGAUUGUUUGCAUACGGUUUCUUGCAAAACAUUAUGAGAUUUCUUCAGGCUCAGUCGAUUAUCAUACCUCUUGUCGCGUGCUCAGUUGGAACUUUAGUUAUCCACAUUGGCAUUGCCUACACUUUAGUUCAUUGGACAUGUCUUGGUUUCAAGGGAGCAUCAUUAGCAGCUUCCAUUUCAAUCUGGAUUGCAGUUCUUAUGUUAGGUCUAUACGUACUUUUCUCCGAAAAAUUCAGCCAUAUCUGGGAGUAUGGUUUCUCAUUCGAGCCAUUUCAUCAAAUCUUUACAAACUUGAAGUUGGCUUUGCCCUCUGCUGCUAUGGUCUGUUUGGAGUACUGGGCUUUUGAGCUUCUUGUGUUAUUGGCUGGUUUGAUGAAAAACUCAGAAACAACUACUUCUGUUAUUGCAAUGAGUGUAAACACUGAAGCCAUUGCCUACAUGAUGUCUUAUGGUCUGAGUGCAGCUGCAAGCACUAGGGUGGCAAAUGAAUUAGGAGCUGGAAAUCCACACAAAGCUAAACAUGCUAUGGCUGUUACACUCCAGCUUUCUAUUAUUCUUGCUCUUAUAGUUGAUUUGGCUCUAUUUUUUGGUCAUAAUGUCUGGGCUGGCCUCUUCAGUGAUAGCGCGGAGAUAAUUAACAAAUUUGCCUCCAUGACGCCUCUACUGUUAAUAUCCUUUGUAUUCGAUUUCUUUCAAGGAAUUUUAUCAGGAGUGGCUAGGGGAUGUGGGUGGCAACAUUUGGCUAUGUGCAUCAACUUGGCAACAUUCUAUGUCAUUGGCAUGCCAAUAGCAGGUCUCCUUGCUUUCAAGUUUAAACUACAAGCUCAGGGUUUGUGGAUGGGCUUGAUAUGUGGUCUAGCUAGCCAAGCUUGUGGCUUAUUGCUGCUGACAUUGUUUACUAAAUGGGGAAAACUAGAGGGCUCAACAAAAAGCAAUAGAGAAAGUGAACUUCUAGCUUAAGAUUGAGUUCAUGAGAAUUGAUUUUUUUUGUAAAAUUUAUAUUAGUUGAGUGAUCGUGUGAGAAAUUAAUUCGACAAUAACUUGCGUAUUGGCCACUGGCGUGCUUGUUUGUUAUUAAUGAUUGAGGGCUUAUUGCAUAUGCCUUAAAUUCUGAACUCUUUAA